CUCUCAUCACCAUGUCAGAUCCCACUGCAUCCUCCUCUUCAUCAAUCUCAACAGCGGCAGAUGCGCCUCCCGCAGCCCUCCAAGCACCCACGGACCGCUCCUCCCGUCCGCAAGUCAUCGGCGACGCUCAAGCUGGUCCCUCUGCCCCAUUCCCCAUCUACCUCUCUGGAGUGGUGCAGCGCGGCUUUGGUCGAGGUGGCAAAGAGUUGGGAUGUCCAACUGCGAACUUACCUUCCCGGUUGCUCAAGAAGGAUGGGCCGACUAGGGGAAUUGGGGAUGGGGAUGGGGAUGGAACAGGGGGAGAAGGCAGUUCCGAUCUAGGCAAAGCUCCCACGGGCGUCUACUUUGGCUGGGCUCGGCUGAUAAGUGCUCGUGAAGGUGGAAGAGGCGAGGAGUACGAGGAUCAGGAACAAAAGGAAAAGAAGGUGGAGCGAGAUGCUCAGCAGGAAGAGGGCGCAAAGGAAGAGACUUCCCUUGGUUCGGGUGCAGAUCUACAAGAGGAAGAGUGCGUGCCACUACCGAUGGUGAUGAGUCUGGGGUGGAAUCCAUUCUAUGCAAAUAAGACCAAGACGGCAGAAGUACAUAUCAUGCACCCCUUCUCGACCGACUUCUACGGCCUGCAGAUCCGUGUAAUCGUCCUGGGGUACAUCAGGCCAGAGUACAACUACACUUCCCUUGACGCUCUAAAGGACGACAUCGAGAUGGACAAGCGCGUCGCCCUCAACUCGGUCCUCCCUGCCGAUCAACGACCCGCAUGGGCAAAAUUCAAGGAAGACCCCUUCUUCUUCUCCGAGGUGCAGCCGGCAUCCAAGCUCGGACGAAGUGGGACGGCAGGAGCAGCAGGAGCAGCCGGAGCAGCUGUGAAAGGAGGAGCGGCACUGUAGCGUUACAUGGGAAAGCAGAUUCUGUAAUGUCUUCUAUAGAUUUGAUUCCCCUCUCGCUGGGAGCCAGCAUGAUAUCCAUUUCGUGAAGCGCGACCCCCAACCCUGCUCAGCUAGACUCCACCACCACUCCUGCAGCAACCGUCUCUCCCUGAAGUCUGAGCAACACCCUCGCCAAGUCCUUGCGAUUUACCUCUACCGGCACACCAGGACUCUGCACAGAGAUCCUCACCAGGGCCGUAGCCCCUUUACCCAGAACCCUCGGUUUCCUCUUCUUCUUGCCUGCAGAGCCAGCAGCAGCUGUAGAGCCUGAAGCUCCCGUGGCGG